CGGGAAAAUUCAUUCCGAGAGAAAAGGAAUGUAGUUGCUAUUUGGUUAUGGAAUGUGGUGGUCACGGAUGAGUGAGCUAGGCAAGAAUGUGAACCAAAGAAUGGAGGGAGGAUGAGAGGGGAAGCAGGUGGAGGGUUUGGACAACAAAUGAGCUCUCGACGUUUGACCAGACACUGCUAAGUUGGGUCGGUUUUUGUCCAGUUCGUGUUUUGUGCUUUCUCUGUUCCACAUCUGUUCCGUAGUCCUCUGUUUUCCUCCGGCUGCCUUUUCAGUACAUUCGCGUGUGUAGCAUUCACACUCUUUGAUCAGGAUUCCUACUGAUGAAUCCUUGCCAUCCUGUUCUGGAUAUGUUACGUAGCACGGCUUGAAAGUGUAGUGAAACAUUACUUGUUGUGGGAUCGUCCAGCUAGUGGCUUGCAGUUUUGCGCUUUUCCGGUGUGUCGGUCAAGAUAUUCGGACCCUUGGAGCUUUGAUGUACGGGCCAUUGACACACCAAAACUGUCACAGAUUAGAGGUCAUAUCUGUUUCGGAAGGUCGGCUUUGAUACCCAACCUAUUGUCAACCUUCGGCUGGUCAGCUGUAUAAAGGGUCGGCCGAUGCUGACUUAGAGACGGGAGCAUCAGAGUCAGGAGCUACUUCUGGAAGAUAUGCUUAGAUUGAUCAAUCGAUUGACUGGAUGACUGACUGAAUCAAAGUUCUCUCUGUUGCUGCGGAGAAUAUUUACUCAUUCUAUAUUGAAACUGAGCUAUGCAACUUGGUUCAGAAGAUUCGAACACCAUUGAUGACUCACAUUAAGACUUAAAUCUAGGUACAUGUGUAUACUUUCUAUCGGUUGCAUUCCUUAUCAGCUUCUUACUUUUUGGUUGGUUUUUGGUUCUUAGUUUAAUGUUCCUCCAAGCUGAGCUGCAGAGACCGAUCAAAGAAGAAACCGCAGCGUUGAUGUACUAACCAGGGACUGCUGAGUCAUAGUCUAUGAUGGAAGGGACUCAGGUAAGAGCUUUAUGCCGAUAUUUCUAUUGACCACUUCCAGGUACGGGCUAAUGCUGCAAACUAGACUUGUGUUGAGUUUUUCCAGAUAUUUCCAGAAAACUACUGAUUUUGUUCGUUUAGCGUCUUACCAGCAAGUACUGUUACUUCCAGUCCUUCAAUAUUCUAUGAAAGAAAGAGAGUUUUUGCAACGGACUCGCUGGCAUAGAGUCCUCUGGAGCAGAGGUAUGGCCUUCUAUAUGUCAAAAGUCAUUUUCAACUAGACUGAGCUACCCUUGAAAGAACAAAAAAGACUCAGUUCGUCAUUCGCUUCAGUUCAUUGGGUCACUUGAAAAUGAUCCUUUCAAAUGAAGUAUCCAGAAAUCAUUCCUAGUUUCCUUCAGAAUCUGAGCUGUGAGCAAGCAGCUUCUCAGAACUCAGUUACUGAUGUGCCAAUCAAACUUUCUUGACUAGACGACUUUACAGCCUGGAACAUGAAUUUGCUACAAUAUCCCACACGAAAGCUUGCACGGAAAGUCCGUGUGCUUUGGCCUUCCCCCGAUACUUUGACACACGGUACAGUAGUACCAAGGACCUCGAUAGACUCAACUGUAAUCUACGGACAGAAAGAGAAAGGCCUUCCUCACAUUACUCGACUGGCGGAAUUCAGGUUUUGGUCUUGCGUGUGACCAAUGAAACACAUCUAUUAAGCCAUUUCCGCGAAAGAGUAGGAAUACAGAUGUGUACUCUGAAGAAGGUGGAUGGAUGCGUUUGAUGAGAAUAUUGGAAAAUUUCGCCUGUAAAGUCUGACUACAACGUUUGGAACAGGAGCAAAUUCAAUUGUACGGUUGCCUGAAUUCCGAAAUUCAAUCUGAUGAGUGCGUGGCAUGUUUUAUAUUGGAAAGGCACGAGCUUUGGAAGCGGAAAAGCAAGUGCCGGUCUUAGACCUUUCUAUAUGCAAAAUAUCACGUCACCUUAGAAGUCCGGGUCCAGAGGACUCUACGAAAAUCUUCUCUGUCGAUGAAAAGUGUUCCGCCUCGCCUCGUACGUUGGUUGUCUCACGUCCUUCACCUUUUCCGUCCCUCGUCGGCUGUGGAUUGUGGACCGUAUACCUUUCACUCAAUCGAGUAUUUUCACGGGUGAUCACGUUGAUGGGGAAACAGGCGCAAAUGUGCAUGGCGAGCCGAUUAUCUAAGCUUUCCUGCCCUUGCUAAUGGAGAAACUGCCUGUGGAAGGGUUCAUGUGUGCAUGGUAGGUACUGGGAGUUUGGUACCGUGCUAGUCUUCCACAUCCACAGGUUCCGACUUGAAACAGGAGACUUGCAAGGUUCAGCCGGAACUUUUGCUUGCUUAAGAUUCCUGCGCAGUGCUUCUACAACAACAAUAGUGACGGACUCUGGCACAAAGGAAGGAGACUGACAGGGGAAAUCAUGGUCCUCCUGGGUACGUGCUUCAGUCGUCAGUAGGGUGGAGCGUUUUGUCAAAUUGCCCGUGUUUCAUGUGGACAAUGUGCUGUACUGUAAAGUCUUCCCUCCUCCAGCUUUGAGCUCAUAUUCUAAUACGCACACUCGAUCUUCCACCACCUCUCGAUCUAAUGACCAACUACCCUCUCUGUUCUCGGCCAUGCACGACGCUGUGCCCUCUUUUCUCCGCUAGCUUGGCGGAUGAGUUGUCAACGAAUCUGGCAAGACCUGAGCCCAGUCACUCAUUGGUAGCACAAGUUCGAAGCCUGUCUGCUGUGCGCAAUCUUUGAUCGUGCAGGCAACUCUGAUUUACUCACCCAGAAGACUUAAAGCAUUGUCCUUUAUCCACUGGAGCAUUGAGUCAAGGAAAACAUUUAGACGUCUCAGCAAUUUUUGCAGCUUAAGCACUGAACAGCUAUGCAUCACUCGUUACGGACUUACCACAGGAAGUGCGAUUCACCCUUUUGGAUGUACGAGAAUGAAAAAGCUUCAAAGGACUGAACUUUCUUUCUAUUGAGCUCUAAACAGCUCUUAGCUUUCUCUGAUUGGAGGGUAAGUGAACGAACGGAAAGGCUGCUACAUGCAGCGGCAAUCAUCAAUGACUUAGCAGUGGAAGCUCUCCAGUACAGCUCACUCACUGGCUGCACGACAUUGGUCUCUUGUAGCGUACACCUGGAAGUGAGGAACCGUAUCGAUCAUAGAGUUCGAACCUCCCUCCCCUCCUUCCAUGAACGCGUCACGUUGAGCGAGCGAAGAAGGUCGGUGAGGGGCACCAACGACCAGGGUGACGAACAGACGAAGCACAUGCUCAAGCUUUGCACGAAUGAUUAGCCCCUCACAGUACAGGAGUAUGUGACUCCGUUAGCAGCAAAAAUGAUGUCUGUUUGUGUGACGCCAAGUCGUGCGAGUAUCCGAGGAACAUUUUCGGGAUUAUCUUUUCAUCAAGAGAGAUAGUUAUCACAAUCUCCCGUGGUCACUCACUACACAUGUAGUCCAACAUUUCAGUUAGACGUACAUCAGAAUGCCGAGAUUUAAUUAUUUCGAGGGUUUACUUUCGCGCGUCCUGAAGAUAAUGAUGGGGACGAGGAGGGAUCAUGAUCCAGGGUAAUUCGGGAGGAGGUGAUCAGGCUUUUGCAUUGAUGACUGUCCACGCAUCCACGACAUGUUUCAUCUGUGUCCGUUUAGCUCCCACGACAUGCGGAUGGAGACCAGACCCGAGAGCUCGGUCUGUGUCAGCAGACACUGGCCGCCGUCGUCGAUGACUUCCACCCGAGCGGUGGUGAGAGUGUUGCCUUUGUUUCUGUCGGACGCAAACCAGCGAGAAAGUACAAUUUGCCCCGAGCUCGGAUUUCUCGCUGGCCUGAACCAGCUGCUCGAUGAACUUGCGCAAGCCCGAUGUCCCGUACAUGCAUGAGCAUCAGGACCCACAGCUUCAAUGACGUGAACCUCCUCCCUUGGGUGGGGAUCUGUCAGUCCACGUAGUCCAGGGCCAGGUCUGACUCGAAGGCUGGGUUCUUCAGGUACUCACUCACUCCGGAACCUCGAUCGCCAGAGCUGCUGUCACCAAGCUCGGGUCCUUCAGCCAGAGAGUGGAGCAGUCGGUGCAGCAGCAGUCGGCCCUCUGGAUGCCGUCCAGACAGCGUCGAAACUCGGGACAAUUGCAAGCGUUUCCUCCGAGGCAACUUCCCUCCUAAACCCACAGGCCGUCGCUGCAGGACGAUGUCUCCGACCUCUGGACUGGGCACCAAGGCAGCUGGCUGAAGAAUGAGGGCUCGUAUCCUUUGGAGAUAUCAUCUUCCACGGCUGUCCGCAGAAUUGUGGGCGAGGGAGCGAGGGAGCGAAGUCCGUGGACGAAUCUGCCGGUGAAAUUCGCAAGAUGGUUGGAACCGACGCCCGCAAUGCGAGCAGCCUUCUCGACGCAAACACACAUUGGCCACGAGCUUACCGAGCGCUCGGAACUCGGAAGCUCCUCUGGCCACGAGGAUUGCCACCGUGACUGCCUCGCUGGCGGUGCCCCACCACCGGAGUUCAGGAAGCCGCAAGAGCUCGCCGAGCCAGUCGGUGACGAUGGUCUCGAGGUCCGUGGAAGCUGGGCCCCAUCACGUUCAAGCCACCGCUGAGCGUCUCUCUCAACGGUCCUGACGUGCUGGAGUUGGAUGAAAAGUAGACGGAGAAGCUCGGGCUCUGCCAGACUGCAGCAGCUUCAAGUUCCCCUGCUGCCACUCGACUGCGCACGGGAAAUGUGGCGAUGUCUCGAUAGUAGUUAGCGAUUCCAACGAUGAGAUUCACCGUCUGUUAGCGUAUUUGCGGAACUGAGGAGCGGUUCCUUCCAAUCCCUCGGCGAGCAGGUUGUAGAUCCUCCUUCGAAGGCAGUUUUGUAGAGCAGGGAUAAUCAAUGCCUUUCUUGAGCAGAAUUGUGAAUUCAAAAAGUGUCUUGUGCUCCAGCUAGAGCGUAUCUGGCCUGAGGAUUAGCCGACCCUCGGUGGCUCGGUUUCAGGACCGAGUGACCUGGAGAAGAGCUGUACUCUACUCUCGAGUCUAAGUCUCGGAGGCUUGCAUGGUGCCCCGAACUGAAACGAGAGAUUCUCUUUCUCAGAACAUCUAAUUUGUACAGGAUGUGUCACGCACAGCCCACUCGAAGGAACGUGUGCAUGAGCUGUAUUGUUAUCGGUCAUCAUUGGUGAGUGUCGGAAGUCUUAAGGAAAAGCAGAAGUCCGUCGUCAUUCGAUCAAUCGACUUUGCAUGAGAUGAGAGUGACAGAAGAGAAAGAGUGGACAUUGAGCUCUUUCUUCUUCACCUUCUUCGGGGACAGAAAUGUAUCACUGUGAACUAUCAUGGCAAGCUAUGCCCUGGGUUUCAGAAUUUCAUGGAACACUGGUUGGAUUCAACGGAGAUAGUUUUCGUGGCUUUUUAAGCCCAACUGAUAGCAUGCAAUGUUGGACUGAUUUAACCUCUCGCUCCCCACUCCGUUCAGCAUGAUGAAGACGUUUUCUUGCAUUUCGAUAUCCAAGCGCUCAAAUCUCUCGACCAAUGCUUCUCCAUCUAUCGGACCUUUGUCACUCUUCCGAUCCUGAGAAUCAGAAGUUCUCUAUCAAUGUGGCCUUAAUGAAGUAAUGCAUUAAGUACCUCAGCGUAUUGAGCUGAAGUAAGCUGAAGU